AUGUUCAAGACAGAUCCAUUCAAAAUCUACCAGAAUCAAAGAGCGUCGAAUAUAGAACGACUCAAAAGAGGAAAACGCCGGAGUUCAAAGCCACAACCAGUGCCAGCGCCAUCACCCACAGUAAAUGUAAACAAACAACAACAACAUCAACGACAGCAGGCAUCACUGCAAGUGCUCAAACCAACAAGCCCCGAAAGCAAGCCCGUGUCCACACGAAGGCUACUUCUGGCACUAAACAACCAAGUCACCCACCACGCGAAAAAAAGAGACGUCAACAUAACCAAGUCGUUCCACGACCUGACCAAGUUCCAGACGUUGGAAAAUCGGGGGUUCACAGACAAAUUCCACGCCAUCGAGUCGAUCGUCACGCACAAGCCCCCGACAGCAGCCAAACGGAAACAGGCCGAGAAAACGGGGCACGAUCCCGUGGUUGAUAUUGCUCGCCUGGAAUUCAGCGGCUUUGUCGAGUGGUUCAAGAUGAACAAGUACCAGUAUGCAGUUCCGCACAUGACUGCCGCAGCUUCAUUUCCCGCGGCAAACAACCUGAAAAGGGAUGACAUGGUGGCGGCGGACGUCGCUUGUGGUGGGGGGAAGCGCGAUGCAAGCGUGGUUGAGUCCGUUGUGCAAAGUUCGUACGUGCGACCUGAGUUUCGCCGUCUAUCAACGCAGGUAACGGGCGGGGGAGUUUACAGAGUGGUGAAGGUGGCCCACUUGAGUCCGUUUAUGUUGCUGGUACGAUUGCAGGCUCAACUUGGACUUGAAUCUGAUGCAGACACAAAAACAGUAGAUUCGAUCUUGCUCAACGUUUACAAAGUCGAGUUGAGCGCGGGUGAUGUUGUGAAACUACUAGAUCAGCGCGGCGAAAAGUCCUGCUCGUUCACGAUGAAGCUAAGUGGAGAUCGACUAAUUGAAGCUCAUGCGAAAUGGGAGAUUCUUAAAUGA